UCCACGCCUUCACGAAAUCUUAAUUAGCGUUCUAGUAUGGACACGUGUGACCGGGUAUUCCUGUAGGAUACCCAGCGCCGGUGGGGUGAUUUCAGAGAAGAGGUGCAUCACUGGUUCAUUCUCUUCGUUUUCGGUCCAACCCAGCGGAGUCCCUCUCUCCAUCCUCGUCUGGAAACGAAAAGAUGUCUCCCUCCCCUAUGGCAACCGACUCGUCGAGGCUGAAGUACAUCUCCCUGGGCGUUCUCGUCCUGCAGACCACGUCUCUGGUGCUGACCAUGCGCUACUCUCGCACGCUGAAGGAGGACGGCCCGCGCUACCUGCCCUCAUCAGCAGUAGUGUCGGCUGAGAUGCUCAAGAUUGUCGCCUGCAUUUUUCUAGUCUUCAGGGACAACACAUUUAGCUUGAGGGCUUUAAAUCAUGUAUUGAGGGAAGAGAUUGUUAACAAGCCAACAGAAACCCUGAAGCUCGCAAUCCCAUCUGCCAUCUACACGUUCCAGAACAACUUGCUCUAUGUGGCCCUCUCCCACCUCGAUGCCGCUACUUACCAGGUGACGUAUCAGCUGAAGAUCCUGACAACAGCGCUGUUCUCCGUGUCAAUGCUGGGGAGGAGACUGGGCACCUACCAGUGGCUUUCUCUGCUCGUUCUAAUGGCUGGGAUAGCUCUUGUCCAGUGGCCAGUAGAGGUACCACAGACUCCGGAGCAAACAGAGCCAUCAGCCGGCUCCCAGCUGGUGGGAGUGCUGGCUGUUCUGGCAGCGUGUUGCUCUAGUGGUUUUGCUGGUGUUUACUUUGAGAAGAUCCUCAAGGAGACGAUACAGAGUGUAUGGGUGCGGAACCUCCAGCUAGGUAUAUUUGGGCUCGUCUUUGGUCUCAUGGUUGCAUUUGUUAAUGACGGAGAGGCCAUUAGAGAGUCCGGUAUGUUCCGGGGAUACAACAGCCUCACUUGGACAGUUGUUCUGUUACAGGCUUUGGGGGGUUUGGUCGUCGCAACUGUUAUCAAAUAUGCAGACAACAUUUUGAAGGGCUUCGCUACAUCGCUUUCCAUCAUUUUGUCCUGUAUCAUAUCGUACCUCUGGUUAGAGGACUUUGAUCCUACCAGUGUGUUCUUCCUCGGCACAGCGCUGGUGAUUGCCGCCACGUUCCUGUACGGGUAUGAGGGACAGGCAAAGGCAGCUGUCAGCCUCCAAAGGGUGUAGAGAAGCCAGGCGCGACACAGGAGGAAGUGGAGCACAGCGAGAGUCCUCCGUAGGGAGGAGAGAAUGGGGUCCAGCACGGGGCGGAGAAGAGGAGAUGAAAUGGCAUGAAAAGGCAUCGGGUUGCAGAUCAGCAGGACAGACCGCUUGAACAAAGAGAUAAUGGAAAACGCAGGAAAGACAGGAGACAGUUCUCCUCUACAGUGAGCUCCUUGCAUUUCAGAGAGGAUACUGCUGGAGACAUGAAAUGCCUUAAAUGAAAUGCCAUCAUGCUUAUGGAGCUUUUGAUGGACCUUGACCUGCACAAAAAAAUAAGGUCAGAGAACUGAGCUUUGAGGGGCUCUGACAGAUUCACUUGGAUCAGGGGACACCAUCUUGGUGUUUUGGAAUUUUUGGUAGCUCUGAUGACAGAAUAAAAGGUUUGUGUCCUA